AUGUCUGCCUCAGGCUACAACUUGCAAAGCACGCAAAAUUCAGUUUCAGCCUCAAAGGCAAUGGUUUCCACGCUAGUCCACAUGCGGUUACUCCCAGGUUCAAUUUACUACAUAAUUCAACAGAUCGAUGGUUCUCGGGUAGUUUCAAUCUAUGUAUCCCGGUUACUAUUCAAAGCUGGACGACCUGGAAACCGCGUCCUUCUUCGGCUACCUCUUCCCUAUAAAGUUGAAGAAGUAUUUAGGCCGGGCAAUGUCGACGAGAAACUUAGAUGCGAGGCUGGAACUUAUACAUGGCUUCAAGAGAACCAUGGUAUUUCUAUCCCGCGCCUAUACGAAUUCGUUGAUACUAUCAAUGAGGAUGAAUAUAAAACGAUAUGGAUGGAAUUGACAAAUUUUAGCACGGGAUAA